CGUCCUUCUUCAUCACAAUCCAAUCAAUCGCAUAAAACUUCUUCAAAGAAAGAUAAAGAGAGAGAGAAAGAGAUGUCGGCAGAGGAAGCAACCGUUCCAACCAACGUCGAAGAGACGGUGACUGCACCGGCUGCGAGUGAGAAGAAAGCGAAGAAGACGAAGGAAGCUAAAGCUCCGAAGAAGAAGCCUGCAGCGAAAGCUCCAAGGAAGAGAUCUUCUUCUUCUCACCCAACCUACGAAGAGAUGAUUAAAGACGCGAUCACGACGUUGAAGGAGAGAACCGGAUCUAGCCAAUACGCGAUUCAGAAGUUCAUAGAGGAGAAGCAGAAGACGCUUCCUCCAACGUUCAGGAAGCUUCUCCUCGUCAAUCUCAAGAGACUCGUCGCUUCAGGGAAGCUCGUCAAAGUCAAAGGCUCCUUCAAGCUCCCCUCCGCUACUAAAUCAACCGCCGUUGCUGCUCCUGCUGCUCCUAAACCGGCUCCGGUUAAGAAGAAGGCGACCGUUGCUAAACCGAAGGCUGCUAAACCGGCGGCGAAAGGAUCCAAGAAGACCAAAGCUGCUGUAGCUGUGAAGCCCAAGGCUAAAGUAGUCGCUGCUAAACCUAAACCGAAGACGAAGACAGUGGCUGCUGUGUCCAAGACCAAAGCUGUUGCUGCUGCUGCUAAGCCUAAGGCUAAAGAGAGACCUGCUAAAGCGGCGAGGACUUCGACUAGAACUUCUCCAGGGAAGAAGAAGGCUGCUCCUGCUGCUAAGAAAGCCGCCGCGGCUGUAACUAAGAAGGCUAAAGCUAAGGCUCCGGCUAAGAGUGUGAAGGCGAAGGCUGUAAAGUCUCCGGCGAAGAGGGUUUCAACGAGGAAGGUGAAGAAGUGAAAGAAGAUUUGGGUUUAGGGUAGUGAAUUGGGGAGAUUGAAUGAAUGAAUGAAUACAUGGUUGUAAUGGUGGUUAGAGAGCUUCUCUUAGGGGUAGUCUUUGUAUAAUUUGAAUCAUAUCCUUUGAAGAAGCUUUUUGCUUUUAUCUCUGUUUCUGGUUUCUUCUUGAAACCACCCUUUUGUUCCUUGUUGUAAUUUUUGUGUUUGUUUUGAGAUUAAAGCUUCUUACAUGGUUAA